ACAAAUUGUCAAAUAUUUAUACCUAAUAUCAUCUGAAUAACUUUCUUUUCCAGGUUCGACAAAAUAUUCAAAUCUAUUCGAUUCUGGGCUAAAAAAUUGGUCUUUAGUCUGUUGAGUGCUCUGAGUCACAUUAUGCUAAUGUUUAUUUACUGGGGUAAAGGUAAAACAGUUCCACCAGUCACGAAUGAUUUACUGUUGAUGUCAGCGACAAGAGUUGCUGAGAAGAUCAGAAAUGGGCUGUUGAAAAGUGAGGAUGUUGUGCUAGCUUACAUCGAACGAAUAAUUGAAGUGGAAACUGACAUCAAUGCAGUGGCAGAGUACCGUUUUCAAGAAGCUAUAAAAGAGGCGAAAGAAAUCGACGCUCAUAUAAAAUCUGGAAAGUAUACAAGGGAACAGUUGAAAGAGGAAAAGCCGUUACUCGGGGUUCCAUUUACAGUGAAAGUCCUUCUUAAUGUCAAAGGAGUUCCUAAUACUGGCGGCUCUUUAAUGUAUAAAGAUUCACCUUCAGCUACUACAGAUGCUCCAACAGUAGCUCUAAUGAAAUUUGCCGGAGCAAUUGUUUUAGCCACUAGCAAUUCAGCAGAGCUAGGUCUCGGCUUCGAUACAAUAAAUCUGUUGUACGGGAAAACAUGCAACCCAUAUGAUACAAAUAGAACAGCGGGAGGAAGCUCAGGUAAAAGUUCAUUUACUGUCUAUAUUGUACCUGAAAGGUUUUGGAAUAUUUUAGGUUUAGUUCCGAAUGGAGGAUGUAUUAUAAAUCCAACUGAAGAAACCUCAAAAUUUCUCGAAACUGGACCAAUGUGCAGAUACAUAGAAGACCUAGUACCGAUUAUGAAAAUUCUGACUACGAACAGCACAGAGAAACUUGACAUCGAGCGUAAAAUUGACUUUAAGAAGUUGAAAAUUUUUUAUCAAAUAAAUAUUGAUGACCCAGUUCUUAUGAGAGUUGAUAACGAAAUAGUGACUGCGAUAAAAACCGCUAUUGAUCAUUUCUUCACUGAGCAUGGCGUGGCAGCAGAAGAAGUGAACGUAAAGUUGCUUAAGCUGACUAGUGCAUUAUUUCUUCCUCUCCUAUUUUCUGAUGUUCCCAAUCUCAUACAGCAUAUUUCUCAGGGAAAAAUCAACAGUAUGAAUGGAAUACUAGAAUUAGUAAAAUUUGCUUUUGGUAGAACAAAAUUUUCGCUAGGAACCAUAGCUUUGUCAGGUUUUGGAGAAUAUUUUUCUAACAGGGAUAAAAUUCAUUUAUAUAAGAAUUUACUACACAGAUUAGAAGAAGAUUUUGAGAGCAUACUUGAUGAAAACUCUGUCUUCUUCUGUCCUACUCUUCCUUUCUCAGCACCUCGCCAUUAUGCGAUGGUACCAGACUUCUUAAACGCAGCAUACGUAGGAGGGUUCAACUUUCUUGGAUUUCCAGUAACACAAUGUCCACUUGGACUAAAUCAUGCUGGCUUGCCACAUGGAAUGCAGAUAAUUGCCAGGAAAAACAAUGAUGCUCUGACUUUGGCGUGCGCCAAAGAACUCGAUAAAGUCUUUGGUGGAUGGAUUCCUCCAAGUUAACACGUUGAGUUAACAGUCACCGGUGACCGGCACUGAGUUUGUUUGUAGAGCCACGGGGUUACCGGUGACCAGCGAAGCCAAGGUUAUUAGAAACACAUAAUUUGAGUAAAUUUUUAAUUUUUUUCAUAUUAUUAUCGUUGCUAAAAUGGGUUGAAGAAAUUAAUGCGAUAUAGAACACACAAAAAUAGUUUUUAUUUAUAGACACAGAGAUGCCAGCUUUCUCCGAGCAGCGAAUAAAUAUUUUCAACUGGUAAUUUAUUAAUUGUAAU